ACGGCCGACGCACUCCACUUCUCUGCGUCUUCCCUGAAGUGGUCCUGGGCAGCCGGAGAUUGCAGUAGUGCAGCGGCACCGACAACGCAAUGUGGAACAAAAACCAGAGGUGCACGAUGGGCAGAGGUAAACGCCGCGGGUCCGGGCGGAGGGGUCACGGAACGGACCGCCAGCGGGAGCGGAGGCGCGUUCUGCAGGCGCGCCAUCGCGCCGCCGUCGGCCACCUCUUCGACAACUUGAGGAAAGCGGUCCUUCCCGCUUCGAAAAAAGCCCCCGCCAAGUGGAAGAUCCUGAAGCAGGCAAAGCACUUCCUCCAGCAGCGGGAAUCCCUGCUCAGCAGGCUGCUGUCACUGAAGGAGACCUUCCUUGGGGGCGAAGAUGGGCCGUUGACUCUGGAGGAAGUCAGAGAGGAGUACAGAAGCCGGCACCCUCUCUGCAGUGACAGAGCAGCAUGUCAGGCAGGAUCUCUGCCUGUCUCGGCUGAGGUCCCCGUGAGCAGUGAAGACGAGGACCCGGGUCAGUCUCAGUCCUGCGCCACGUUCUCCCCAAGCAUCCUGGAAUUCGAGGGGUACCUGUCCUUCUAUAGGCAGACAGUGGAGCUGCUUCAGCACCGCGGGGUGCUCUGCAUGGCCCAGGCACACCUCCCCGCAGUGUCGCAGGCUGUCUCGGCCCUGUGGAGGAGCUUGCCUCCAGAGCGCAGGGCCACCUUCCAGACCUGCAGCCCAGGGGCGACGGCCCAACUGCAGACCGGCUCACCCCAGGGACUGUCACAGACCAACAGCCAGGGGGCGUCCGGGUCUUCCGGCUCCACCUUUGAGGAGGAUUUGUUCCAAGACGCCUAUGAGGUGGUACAGAGGGAGAUGGAUUCCACUUCUGAGGACAGCCCUCAACUAGAGACCCAAGAGGGGAGCAACUUGAGCUGUCUGACAGAGAUCUGCAGGAACCUCGUGUGCUUCAUAAAGACCCAGACAGUAGACCAGCUGGAGAUCGCACAGGAUCUGUGCCUGCCGGCAGACUACGAGACCGUUUUUCUGAGGUGCACUGAAACGUUUGACGAUGAAGACUUAUAGAUGCUGUAAAUCCAGAGCCAGCUUGCUUCCCGUAGCCUUAAACAUUUUUAUAACAUACCUCUUAUACUCCUGUAUUUUUCCUCUGGCAUUUUAAUCAAUAUGCAAAUAUUCUUUCUUUCUUUUUUUUCAUUUUUGAUUCAUUGAAAAAAAUCUUCGAUCAGAAAAUUGAGUUGUUUGGAAUCUGAU